CCGCACGCAUUAAAGCGGAAGCAACAGGAAGUGAGUUCCACAUGUACCUGACGCGUUCAUCAGUCUUGCAGCGUGUACGACUUUAUUUCGAUGUACCAAACAGCAACAUCCAGAAUACGUUCAAGUUUUUAUGAAGAGUUUCUAGAUACAGAGGAUUUCAGAGAUCAUCAACGAUGUCCAAAGCAACCAAGCGCAAGCAUGUUGUCAAGGAAGUUCUAGGGGACUACAUCACACCUAAUGAGAAACAGCAGAUUAUGAGGAUUAUGGGAAGCAAUGGCAAUAACCUUCAUGAGGCUGUGACUGAGAGUGGUGAGAGAUUUCUGCUCAGCAUGCCCACAAAGUUCCGCAAGAACAUUUGGAUCAAAAGAGGUGAUUUUGUCAUUGUAGAUCCUAUUGAGGAAGGUGACAAGGUGAAAGGAGAGAUCAGCUUCAUUCUGUACAGGGACCAUAUUCACUAUUUGAGGAAACUUGGCAUCUGGCCUAAAGGAUUUGAGGCGGGUGGAGUAAGAAAGCAGAUGCAGGAAGAAGCGCAGAAAAAGGAAACUAAAAGCAAAGAGCAAGAUGAGGGAGAGUGCGACAGCAGUGACUCUGAGGAUGAACGGGACCUUUUCGUAAACACAAACCGAGCCACUGUGCAGUACAGUGAGAGUGAUGAAGACUCAGAUGAAGAAGAGGAGGACAAAGAUGAGGAAGGAGCAGAGAACAUUUAGCGAAUUCUGCACAUCUCAUCCUGUGAUGACCUUUACAAAAGUUGUGAAUUUAGUUCCUUCACUUAUUUUUGAAGUCAUUAGUAUCUAUACACCUACAAUAAUUAAUUCAUUAAUCAAUCAUGUUAAACAUCAGACUUUAGAUGCAGAUUAAAAAAGAUUGUCAGUGGUGGAUCAAUUGACUUUGAAACGACAACAUAUAAAGGAUUCUCUAUGCAUAUCGGAUUAUAUAUUUCAAGAUGAUCUGGUUUGUUGACAAAAAGAUUUUUUUGUAUUAUAAUUGGUGUACAUAUGGCAAUAAACUUUGUUUAUUUUGUAAA